AUGCCUUCAAAAGAACCAUUUUGGUUGGGGGGGGCCGCUGCCUGUAUGAGCGUGUGCUUCAAUCAGACCAAAUACCGGAUGCAAGUCCUUAAAUCACAGGAGUCCAUGUUCAGUUUGAUCGUCCGUUCUGCUGGUCGAGAUGGCAUCCCUUCCCUCUGGACUGGGCUUUCCGGUUCAAUCCUGAGACAAGGAAGUUAUUCUACAGCACGGUUCGGCAUCCACACCGUUCUAUCGCAGCGCGUCAUGGAAUACACAGGUCAAAAGAGGCUGUCACUGGGCUCCAAUAUCGCCUGCGCGGGUGUAGCUGGUGGUAUCGCAGGUGUCGUGGGCAACCCAGCCGAGGUUGUUCUGGUCAGAAUGUGUGCAGAUGGUGCCAAGCCACUCUCACAGAGAUUUGGAUACUCAAAUGCUAUCGAGGCCCUAUGGAGAAUAACCCGCGAGGAAGGAGUGCAGGUAUUCGGGAAGGGCCUUAGUGCCAAUAUCACGAGGAGCGUGCUGAUGAACGUAUCUCAAAUCGCAACAUACUCUUCAGCAAAGCAAUACCUCGUCUCGCACAUGGGUCUGGCUGACGAUAUCAAGACUCAUGCGGCGGCAUCCCUUGCGGCCGGCACCAUGGCAACGACGCUGUGCGCACCUGCCGAUGUGAUCAAGAGCAGGCUGCAGUCGAGCGCCGGAAAAGAGGGCCUGGGCGCAGUUCUUCGAUCGGGGCUGCGCGAGGAGGGUGCCCUGUUCCUGAUGAAGGGGUGGACUCCUGCAUGGCUGAGAUUAACGCCCCACACUGUCCUCACAUUCGUCUUCAUGGAAAAGCUUCGACAGCUGACGACGAUCGGGGUCCCGUGGCUGCACACCCGCCAGAUCGGGAGGGAGGAGGAACAGGUCCUCAGGUAA